AUGGCAACUAUCGUAGACAAUAACAACACCGACGUCGGUUCUGUCACCAGUGAUGUAGUAGCACCAACACCAACCACCAAAAAGUAUAUAAAGCCAGGCAAAUUUGAUGAUAUGGCUCGUGCUUCUCAAGAUGUACUUUCCAACAAUGAAGCCUUUGAUGGUAUGCGUCUCGAAUAUCAAGGUGCCAUUGGAAACGUUCAAACUUCCAACACCUUCCACUUGGGUUCCUCUGAAGAGGCCCCACCCUAUGCCUUGACCACCGUUUUCUCAAGAGGAAAUGCCACAGUCGUUGCCAAAUACGACUCUGAUGUCAAAUUGUUUGCAAGAUCUAUCUAUUCUUCCAACAUAUUCACCAAUACCUUUACUUUCCAAAUCAACAAAGAGAAGAAUAUCUAUUUGGGAGGUGAUGCCGAAUUUUCCAUAAGAAGCACAAAUCUCUAUUUCAAAUAUGAUACUAAUAGAACCUUCACAGCCAACAUUUUCCAAGCUUUACAAAAGAAAUGGGCAGUUGGAUUGGAAUACGCAAAUAUCCCAAGUCAACAAGCAGAGUUUUACUCUGCCGGUGUCAGAUGGAAGAAGGGCAAGGGAGAGACUUACUCGUUUAACAUUUCAAAUAUAACUGGAUUUGGUCUAAACUAUUCUCGUAGACAAAAUAAUUUAGAAUUGGCAACAGAGUUUGCUGUCAGUCCCCAUCCACACACUGGCGCUCUCAUGUCAAAGACUGUCUUUGGUGCCCGUUAUGCCUUCCACGCCUCACUCUUUAAGAUUCGUGCCGAUACCGACGGUUCAAUCAUUGGCAUGUACGAAGAGAUUUUGGGUGGUUUCGCCAGACUAUGUUUCUGUGCUCAUCUCAACUACUUUACCAAUGAUUACAAGAUUGGUCUUGGCAUUCAAAUUAGUAAAUAA